AUGAAAUUACGAGCACAAUGGAAUCAGGUAUUCUUUAGAUGUGCGAGAGGACCCGGCCAAACGGUUCCCAAACGCUAUCCAGAAACACUGAAAAUUGCUGCUUUCAGUGAAAUUAAUUCUAUGCUAUCAAGAUCUGGUAUCCAAGCUGAAGCGAGAAGUUUCUUAGCAGCGGGAAAGAAGUUCAGCUCAUGCCUCAUGAGAUGUAUUGAUCGAUCAGGUGGAAACUGUUUCAAGAAAUUAAACUGCGGUUUGGCUCUACCCCCAGACAAUGUGCUCGUCCAGCAGGCAAAGCGUUGCGCAAUCAGCCGCGGGUUCAAUACUCAAGGUAUUCAGCAACUCUGCAAUUGUAUGGCUGGUGCCGGUAUCAGAGGUCUCGCUCCACUUUGCCCAAGAAUCCAGAUCUCAUGA